AUGGAAAAGGAAGGCGCCCACGCGUCGCUCGACGGCGGCGGCGGGCCUGGCGCCUAUGACCUCAACCCCGAAGCCAGCCGCCCCGCCGAGACGGCAGAGUACAACCUCGCCGCGAAGCACGACCAGCUCGAGCGCGGCCUCAAGAGCAGGCAAAUCCAGUUCAUAGCCCUCGGUGGCGCAAUAGGCACCGGUUUGUUUGUUGGCUCGGGCAGCAUCCUCGCGAGCACUGGCCCGGCGCCGCUGUUCAUGGCCUACAUCUCCAUGAUGCUCGUCGUGUGGAACGUCAUGAACAACCUCGCCGAGAUGACCACGUACCUGCCCAUGCGCGGCAUCACUGUCCCCUACUUUGUCGGCCGCUUCCUCGACCCCAGCCUCGCCUUUGCCGCGGGGUAUAACUACUGGUAUGCCUACUCCAUGUUGAUCGGCGCAGAGGCCACGGCCGCCGGCAUCAUCAUCGACUACUGGAAGCCCCCCGUGUCAGUCGGCGUGUGGAUCGCCAUCGUCCUUGUCGUCAUGCUUCUCCUCAACAUUAUCGCAGUCAGCUUCUUUGGCGAGGCCGAGUUCUGGUUCGCCAGCAUCAAGCUCAUCACCAUCUGCGGCCUCAUCAUCCUAGGCUGGGUCAUCUUCUUUGGUGGAGGACCCAACCAGACGGGCGUCCGCGGCUUCGCCUUCUGGAACGACCCGGGCGCCUUUGUCCCCUACAAGGUGCCCGGCUCCACCGGCCGCUUCCUCGGCUACUGGCACGCCUUUGUCACGGCCGGCUUCGCCUUCGUCACCUCACCCGAGCUCAUCGCCAUUGCCGCCGGCGAGACCGUCGCCCCGCGCCGCAACAUCCCCAAGGCUGCCCGCCGCUUCGUCUGGCGCCUCGCCAUCUUCUACGGCAUCUCGUCGCUCAUCAUCGGCAUCCUCGUCCGCUCCGACGACCCCAGACUCCUCGGCGCCACCAAGGACGGCAAAUCGGACGCCAGCGCCUCACCCUUUGUCAUUGGCAUCCAAAACGCUGGCAUCCCCGUCCUCGAGCACAUCAUCAACGCCGCAAUCCUCACCUCGGCCUGGUCCGCCGGCAACUCGUUCCUCUACUCGGGCAGUCGCAUCCUGUACUCCAUGUCCCUCAGCGGCCAGGCGCCCAAGUGGUUCAGCGUCACCAACCGCAAAGGCGUCCCCUAUCUCGCCGUGCUCUUCACCUGGAGCUUCGGCCUCUUGGCCUUUCUCAACGUCUCCAAUUCGGGCGCCACCAUCUUCACCUGGUUCGUCAACAUUUCGACCAUAUCGGGAUUCAUUGCUUGGGUCGUCAUCAUGAUCACCUACCUGCGCUUUCGGCGCGCCCUCGAGUACAACAACCUGUUCAACUCGCUGCCCUACCGCACGCCCCUGCAGCCCUAUGCCACCUACGCCACCCUAGUCGUCGUUUCCCUCCUCAUUAUCACAAACGGCUUCCAGACCUUUAUGCCCUUCAAUGCCAGCGACUUUGUCGCCGCCUACGUCACGAUUCCGGCCUUCCUCGUCUUGUACAUUGGCCACAAACUCUACUUCCGAACACCCAUGUACAUCCCCACCUCGGAGAUGGACGCCAUCACCGGCAAGAGGGAAAUGGACGAGCUCGAGGCCAUGGACGAGGAGCGCGUGCCCAAGAAUUGGUUGCAGAAAGUCUGGUUCUGGCUUGCCUAG